ACCAUACACGAAUCUUUAUUGGUCGCACAGUUAGGACUGCCCCCUUUCUGCAGCUGACUGCCGUGCCGGUACAAGUUUCACGGGAUAUUUUUUGUGUAGAAGGCUGACUGGAGGAGAGAGGCAGAGUACUGGAUCUGAUGAUGGCAUCCCAAACCCUUUAUCAUCCCCUGGUCUACUGGGCUCAGACAGAGAAGGCUAUCUCACUGAAGGUGGACCUCAAUGAUGUCUCAUCACCAGAAGUGGAACUCAAACCUAGGAAAUUGACCUUUAAAGGUUAUGGUCAAGGUGCGAGUGGAAUCCACCAGUAUGAGUUUUCUCUUGACUUCUAUGAGGACGUAGAUCCUGAUGCUAGUGCUUUCCGGGUUCUUGAUCGACAAGUUGAUUUCAAUAUCAGCAAGAAAUCUCUCCAUUCUUUCUGGCCAAGAUUGACAAGCGGAGAGCGCCCUCGUUGGCUACGCAUUGAUUUUGAUCGGUGGAGAAGUGGUGAAUCAGAUGAAGAAGAGGAUGAGGAUGUAAAAAUGAAGAGGGAGCAGGAAGAACAUUUCAAGCAGUUAGAAGAUCAACUCAAGGAUGCUGAAAAACAAGCCUACCGUGAUAUAAAGUCUGUGUAUCUCUUCAUGUAUAACAUGAUACAGUGGAUCAUCUUCACUAUGGUCUUUGUCUACUGUUUUGGGAGAUUUAUCUUCCAUGGAAAAGAGGACCUUGCCACUGCCUAUGAUUGGGUGAUAACACCUCUUGGUAUGGGACAAGUGAUUGCUUGUCUUGAGAUCGUCCAUGCCCUGACGGGACUAGUCAAGUCAAGUGCUAUGACAGUAUUCAUGCAGGUAUUUGGAAGGAAUUUUCUCUUGUUUGUUGUGAUAAUGAAUGACCCUGAACUGAAGAAUGAAGGUAUGACAUUGUACCUCUUCAUGGUAUGGAGUGCUGUGGAAGUAGUCAGGUAUCCAUUUUAUAUGCUGUCGUGUAUAGACUAUGAGAGUGAAGUCAUAACGUGGCUGAGGUACACAGUAUGGAUUCCACUAUACCCGCUGGGUUUUCUAGCAGAGAUAAUAGUGGUCUUUCUUGCUGUGCCAUUUUACAAAGAGUCGGAUAUGUUCAGUAUUCACCUACCAAACCAACUCAAUAUGUCAUUCAACUUUGUCUACUACAUGUACUUGCAUGUCAUCAUUAUUGUAUCAAGUUCUCCAACACUUCUGUCCCACAUGUGGCGUCUUCGGAAGAAAAAAUAUGGCAAAAGAAAAAUCAGAAUUGGAGCAACGAAGCCCAAGAUGAAUUAAUGGCUGUUUAUAAUGGAAGUCAACACUUAGACGAGGGUUUUUAUAAGACUUGUGAUCAUGAUUCAUGUACUGAUUGUGGAUGAAUUGAAAUUUGAACAGUUUGUAAUGCUAUCAGUAAACUUAUUCAUGACUUUAUGAAUGAUUUGAACAUCUUUUUGUGCUAAAUGAGAUUCUGAAGUCAUGUUAACUCACAUCAUCAGCUAAGUUGUAAUAUGAACUCGUCAGUUAUUUUUUUUAAUACUUCAAUUUGAAGUUCAUUGUUUGUCAAGAAUUAAAAAGGAAAACCCCAAAUUCAGUUCCAGAUUGUUUAAACACCAGGUGCAAUUUCAGGUAGCUCAUUUAGCCCCCAAAAUAUCAAGUAGUUUCUCGUAAAGUCAUGCAUAAUUUUACAAACAGCAUUAUGAAUAAGUACACUGGUCAAUAUACUACUUUGGAAGAAGGAAUUAAGUUGUGGAUUCUGGUUAAUUUGGAUGUCAGAAGAAAUGCAGUAUCAUUUGACGAGAGAAUAAUGAUUGUAUAAACUGUACAUAUACAUUCCAUACUCAGAAAGAAAAAAAAUCUGCCAUUUUAUAUCAGUCAGAUAUUUACCUCAUUUUGCU